CCCCGCUGUGUCUCUAUGGUGCGGCGCGGUCGCUCUGCCCCGCUCGGAGGCCGCGCUCGGGCCGGGCCGGGCUCGCCCCGGCGGCUGCNGGGGUCCCGGCCCCGGGCCCAGCCGGGCCGGCAGCAGCGAGCGGCGCCGGCAAAAACCAACGGCCGAGCCGGGCCGGCAACCCCGGGCCCCAGCGGCCCCGUCCCGCCGGGCCGGCGCAUGGAGAAGCCCGGCAGGAUGGACUGUCCCGCGCUGCCUCCCGGCUGGAAGAAGGAAGAGGUGAUCCGAAAGUCGGGCCUGAGCGCCGGCAAGAGCGAUGUCUACUACUUCAGCCCCAGCGGGAAGAAGUUCCGCAGCAAGCCGCAGCUGGCGCGCUACCUGGGCAACUCCGUUGACCUGAGCUCCUUCGAUUUCCGCACGGGGAAGAUGAUGCCCAGCAAGCUGCAGAAGAACAAACAGAAACUCAGGAACGACGCCCUCAACCCCAACAAGGGCAAACCCGACCUGAACACGACGCUCCCCAUCCGCCAGACGGCCUCGAUCUUCAAGCAGCCGGUGACCAAAGUGACCAACCACCCUGGCAACAAAGUGAGGAGCGACCCGCAGCGCCUCAGUGAGCAGCCCAGACAGCUUUUUUGGGAGAAAAGGCUCCAAGGUCUGAGCGCUUCUGAUGUGAGCGAGCAAAUCAUCAAAUCCAUGGAGCUGCCCAAGGGACUGCAAGGAGUGGGCCCCGGCGCCAGCCGGGAGUCGCUGCUGUCGGCCGUGGCCAGCGCCCUCCACACCAGCUCGGCUCCCAUCACCGGCCAGAACUCGGCCGCCGUGGAGAAGAACCCGGGCAUUUGGCUCAACACCUCGCAGCCCCUCUGCAAAGCCUUCGUGGUCACCGACGACGACAUCCGGAAGCAGGAGGAGCGCGUGCAGCAGGUGCGCAAGAGGCUGGAGGAGGCGCUGCUGGCCGACGGGCUGAGCCGCGGCGCGGCCGACGCCGAGCGCGGCGACCAGGGCCCCAAGUGAGACGGAGCAGGGUGAGAGCGCGCAGGAGGAGGGCGGGAAAUGAGGUACGCAGAGUCCAAGGAAGACAAAAAAUCCCCAAUUUUUGAGGCACUUUUGAAAUCUUUGGGAAAUUUUUCAUUUUUCCGAAGGUUUGGGAAUUCCAAAAACGCCUUUUUUUAAUUAAAAAAAAAUCAAAUUAUUCUUUAUUUUUUUGGAUGUAAAUAAUUAUAAAAAAAUUAAAAAUUAAUCAAGAAUUCCCAAGGAAAAAAAAA